UCAAGGAAACCAGGGUUUGAAUCACCACAAAAUCAUAGAGAAUUAGUGUAUAUUUAACUUAACCAUGUUUCUGAAAUUUCCUUCUCCUCUCUUCCGUCCCUGUGUUUAAACAGGCAACCAUCAUGCCUCUUAAGGAUCAACCAAUAAUAAAUGAGUCUUCUGUUUUAAAAUUUCUUCUCCUGGAAUUCUCAGAUGUUCGGGAGCACCAGAUUCUACAUUUCAUUGUGUUCCUUAUCUUCUACUUGUUAGCAGCUGCAGGAAAUCUCCUCAUCAUUGCUGCAGUAGCAUAUGACCACCAUCUACAUACCCCCAUGUACUUCUUUCUGAUAAAUUUAGCCAUACAGGAUGUAGGUCAAGUUUCAGUCAUUAUUCCCAAAUCUAUGACCAAUUCCCUCAUGAAUAUAAAAUCCAUUUCCUAUUCUGGGUGUGUUUCUCAAGUUCUUUUCUAUAUUUUCUUUGUAACAUCUGAUUUCUUCCUUCUGACAGUCAUGGCAUAUGAUCGGUAUGUUGCAAUUUGCAAUCCAUUACGAUAUGAGAUGGUGAUGAACAGACAUGCUUGUUUUCGAAUGGUGAUUGCUGUGUGGAUCUGCAGUGUAUGUUAUGCAAUUUUACACACUAGUGGCACUUUUGGACUCCAGUUUUGCUCUAAUGUUGUCAAACAGUUUUUCUGUGAAAUCCCACAGCUACUUAAGCUGACCUGCUCAGAUUUAUAUUCUUUUGAAAUUGGAGUUAUAUAUUCUGCCAUUAUCAUUGUGUCAGGCUGCACUGUUUUCAUUUUUGUGUCUUAUGUGUAUAUCUUCACUGUAGUGCUGAGAAUCCCCUCUGCCCAGGGAAGGCAAAGGGUUUUCUCAACUUGUCUUCCUCACAUCGUUGUUUUCUCCAUAUUUGCCAUCACUGGAAUUUUUUCUUACCUCAGGGCCACUUUUGAUUCCCAGUCAUCUUUUGAUUUGGCCUUGACUAUGAUCUAUUCUAUGGUCCCACCCUUAAUGAAUCCAAUGAUCUAUGCAAUAAGGAACAAGAAUAUUAGAAAUGCCCUCUUUAAGUUAUUGUUCUUGAGAUAUUGUUCAGUACAGAUGAGUGAAUAA